UAACGCCUCUUAGGAGUUUGGAUGAUGUUAAUCUUGAAACCCAAUCUUCUCCCAAAUAGCGUUCCUCAAAACAAUAGUCUCGAGCUCGGAGUAUAUGUUGAUGGUGAAACGUAUGGCUGAGCUGGAAGAUAAGUGCAUGUUCCUUGACUUGAAACCUGCUCAUGUCGAAUCUGAGAAAGAGGAGAAACUUCAGGCCGCGCUCAAUCGUGUUCAAGUGCUUGAGCAAGAGUUGACUGAGACCAAGAAGGCUUUGGAAGAAGCUCUUGUGAGCCAGAAGGAGAUUUUGGCAUACAUCGAGAAAAAGAAGAAGAAGACGAAGCUGGUAAUUAAGAACAAAACACUCACAAUUACAUCGGUUAUUUAA